AUGCAGAUGAAAGGAUCUCAAAAAACGGUUGAUGAGGCUACAAGUAGAAGUAAGCAAUCUAAAUCUAAUUCGGAUCCACCAACUGUUAAUGUUGAGGAAGAUGAAGAAGUUAGCGAAAAUAAUGAUGGUGGUAAAAAAGGUUCUUGGGUGUGGAAGCAUUUUGAUAAAAAUAAGAUAGAUAAGACUUUGAACAAAGUGAAAUGCCCAUAUUGUCCAAAGUUGAUGUGUGCACAUACCAAGAAGAACGGUACGAUCUCAAUGGGAAGGCAGUUAAGACUCUAUUGUGUAUAUUCUCCGGUUUAUGAUCCUAAAGGCAAAUCCGGUGAUUCGAAAAAAAAAACGAAUAUUUGUUGA